GCCCCGCGCCCGGCCGCUCUAGGCCCCGCCCCGCCCCCUCAGAGCGCGCUCGGCUCGGCAGCCUGUGGGACGCGAUCGCCCCGCUCGUCUCGCUCCUUUGUGCUCGGGCGGCGGCGACCUCUCGGGUCCUCCCCGACGCAUCCUCGGCCAGCGAGCUCCGCGCUCUCGGGUGACGGACCAUGUCGGCGGCGGGAGCGGGCGCGGGCGUGGAGGCGGGCUUCUCCAGCGAGGAGCUGCUGUCGCUGCGCUUCCCGCUGCACCGCGCCUGCCGCGAUGGGGACCUGGCCACGCUCUGCUCGCUGCUGCAGCAGACGCCGCACGCCCACCUGGCCUCUGAGGACUCCUUCUACGGCUGGACGCCCGUGCACUGGGCCGCGCACUUCGGCAAGUUGGAGUGCUUAAUGCAGUUGGUGAGAGCAGGAGCCACACUCAACGUCUCCACCACGCGGUACGCGCAGACACCAGCCCACAUUGCGGCCUUUGGGGGACAUCCUCAGUGCCUGAUCUGGCUGAUUCAAGCAGGAGCCAACAUUAACAAACCGGAUUGUGAGGGUGAAACUCCCAUUCACAAGGCAGCUCGCUCUGGGAGCCUAGACUGCAUCAGUGCCCUUGUGGCGAAUGGGGCUCACAUCGACCUGAGAAAUGCCAGUGGCCUGACAGCAGCAGACAUUGCACAAACCCAGGGUUUCCAAGAGUGUGCCCAGUUUCUCUUGAACCUCCAGAAUUGUCAUCUGAACCAUUUCUAUAACAAUGGCAUCUUAAAUGGGGGUCAUCAGAAUGUAUUUCCUAAUCAUAUUAGUGUGGGAACAAAUCGAAAGAGAUGCUUGGAAGACUCAGAAGCCUUUGGAGUAAAGAAAGCUAGAACUGAAGCCCCAAGCUUGGAUUCUGCCGUACCACUCAUGAAUGGCGACACAGAAGACGAUGCUGACAAAAUGCACGUUGAUAGGGAGUUUGCUGUUGUAACAGAUAUGAAAAACAGUAGCUUCGUAUCGAAUGCAUUGACAAAUGGAUGUGUCAUCAAUGGACAUUUGGACUUCCCCUCCACGACCCCGCUCAGUGGGAUGGAAAGCAGGAAUGGCCAGUGCUUGACAGGAGCUAACGGCAUUAGCAAUGGAUUAGCCCCAGGACAGCCGUUUCUGCGUAGCCAGGGUUCUGUCUACAUUAGUGGGAAUGAGGAGCUGGAGGAGACCGUGAGAGCUAACCCUGAGUUGUGUGGUUCUCUGCACCUGAACGGGAGUCCGAGUAGCUGCAUAGCCAGUAGGCCUUCCUGGGUGGAAGACACUGGGGACAGCCUGUACUACGGACACUACCACGGGUUUGGGGACACUGCUGAGAGCCUCCCAGAGCUGAACAGUGUGGUCGAGCAUUGCAACUCUGUGAAGGUGCAGGAGCGGUACGACAGCGCCGUGCUGGGCACCACGCACCUGUACCACGGCUCCUAGAGGUGCUGCCGGGCUCUCGGAAACGCAGGAGUCCUUCCUGGCAGCCUGCUCAGAAUCCUGAUGUAGCAGCAACUUGAACGAAUGUCACAAUUUGUACUGUUUUUUUUAUACUUUAACUUUCUGAAAAAGUAAACUUCGACAAGUUCCAGCGAGUGCUUGUUCGUGCAUGAGUAGGGCUUACUGAGUGCAUAGCUGAUUCUACAGUGAGGUGUCCUUUUUAUAAGAUGCACUUUUGGAGUUUUUCUGAUGCCAAUCUCAACGUUGUCUUUUUAAUACUGUCACCAAACAUUGCUGUUUUUCCUUUUGUUCAAAGAUUAAAUUAUAUGAUCAAGAUAAAUUGGAGCGGUAAAUGAGGUGCCUGGUAAUUUAUCUCUUUGUACAUGGGCAUCAUUUUAAAAAGCUUGCUUCUACUGUUUUCUGUAGAGUUUGGCAGAACACAGCUAUUUCCUAUGCAAGGUGCAGCCUUACAAAUAUUUCUGCAGUGAUUUGUGUGAAGAGAACGUUUGUCUUUUUGAAUUAAAGCUUUGCAGAUCACCAUGUGGUGGAAGGUUUUAGUUGUAAACACAGUGGACCCUCCUUUAAUGAUGGAGAUCACUGCCUUGGGCUUCAUGGAAGACAGACCCCACCUGGGGCUGCGUUCUGAUUUAUUGUUUUAUUCCACAUCUCCUGCUUGGUUCUGGAACUUUGACCACACAGAAUAGAUUCCUUUAUAUGUAGUGGAAGUUACUAUUUGUAGGAAUCGUCAGGUCAAAAUAUUUAACUGACUUUUGACAUAUGUUUUCUUUUUUCCUUGUUUUUGUUUUCUGGGGUUUUCUGCUUUAAGAUAUAUACCACUAUAUAUAUCCAGUUAACUGAGAGGAUUUUGACUCUCUUAAUAAAACUGCAUUAAGUUUUUGAUUUUGUAGAAAUUAGCUUUUGUCUAGGCAACUAGUGGUUAUACUGUGCAAAUAUUGUAAUGAAUUUUUACUUUUUUGAUUUUUGUAAUAAAAAUUGGUGCAGAUAGAGAAAAUGUCAAAUGAACAAAACAGUGUUCUGAGAGUGUUAAUAACAUUUUGUUUUAAAACUGUCCUUCACAAAUGGAAUAAAAAACUCACACUCA